AUAUUUGAGAAUCUGAGGUGCCGUUUGUGUCUUUGAGUUUGUUCUUGUGGGUGCUGACUCGUUGAAGACUAGAUUGUGAAGUGGGUUGUGAGGCUAGAGGUGAGUGCGACCACGUGACCGACUUUGUGGAAUUGUGAUGGUGUGACUGUACUGCACGGCUGUACGGCAAAUGAACACAGAGACCUUCUAUGGUUUUCUUUCAAGUCACGCGAAGCCUAUUAAAAAUAAUAAGAUGCGUGACUUAAGCAGCGAUGUGUUUUCGCUAGAUUUUGUGAAGGGAAGAGGAAGACGGAAGAGCACAUCGCCAUCACUCAGCUGUCAUGUCCCUCUAUGACGUAUUAGCUAUGGCGGCAGAGGCACUUUGGCUGCCACCUCGCGCGUUAUUCUUAUUCGUCCUAGCUGUUUCCUCCUCGCAGACCACGUUACCUGUCAUGGGACGACUGUCCCUGACUUCUCAACCUCUGAUCCUAGUGUGAGGAUGACCGCAGCCCUCGUGCCGCCCCUCACGGUUGGGGAUUUUCGCUGGCUGUCCUACGGCAGCCAUGAUGAAGAUGAAGAGGAUGUUGGGGUUCUGUCAGGGUUCGAUACCGACAACACGAUUCCCGACGGCUUCUGUAAAACCUGGAUCGGAACACUGGUGGCAGUGAACGCCACCUGGGAGGAGAAUCACUGCCGGAAAUGUCGGUGUGACGUCAUGAUGGGCGCCGUGUGUCAGAAUCCCCAGUGUGCUAUCACCUUCCACCCGUACCUGGAAACCAACUGUGAAGAGUGGUCAUCGGACAGCUGUUGCUGUAUUCGCAGCGCAUGCGUACACGAAGGAAAACAUUACGCUGCAGAUGAUUGGUUCGUUCUGACCUAUGAUGACCCUUGCACCCUGUGCCAAUGUAACCCGUCCGAUGGACUGCCUAGCUGCGUCCUAACCAAGUGUCCGUCCCUAGGUUGUGUGGACGCCAAGAAAGUUCCUGGUCUGUGUUGCCCUGUUUGUACCUCAGGGUUGAACUGUGCCAUCCCAUCAUUGCCGCUGCUGGACGGAGAAUACGAUCUAACACCACUUCCGGUGUCCACAUGGCGCCUGUUCAACGCUUCCGACGAUUCGCCCGCCAAGCAGAACUGCACGUGCAGCAAUCCAGGGGGACCUGCCGACUGUACUUCGGCUGAACGCAAUUCAACAGAAACGUCAAUGGACAAGGGAGGCAAUCUUUCUACCAUAUGAAGCUGUCUUGGCUCCAGUAGUCUCCCGUGGACCUUGCCCCUGUGAUAACGGCGAUCUCUCACCAGUUAACUGAUUUACAGCACAAUGUACAAUAACGCCAUGCAUUAAGCACUAAUUCCUUUCAAAAUGUUUUUAAAGUGCAGUUAUUAUCUUUGGAUUAAAAUUUUGCAUGAACAAUGGUUCAAAAGACUUACACGAAUGCGUGUUUUCAUGUGUGAGUGACGGCCUGAAGCCGUUUAGGAUCUGAACCUGUGACAAAAGUUUGACCCCUAAGAUGGGGCAAGUGCCGUUAAAUUAAUUUUAAUACUCUUGUUUUUUUUUUUUGUUUUUUUUUGGUGUUUUUUUCGUUUUGUGUUUUUGUGUGUGUGUUUUUAUGGGUUUUUUAAUUCUUGUUUUUUUGUUUUUUGUUUUUGUUUUUGUUUUGUUUUUUUUGCUAUACCUGUUGAAAGUAUGUGGCAUGAAAUGUGGCAUGAAUCUGCUCAUCUGAUUCUCGUGCCUGUAAAAAGUCGACACGUUACGGUACGUGAAAUCUUACAGUCGCUACAACUGGACACAGUCUUUCAGUUUCAAGCAAAGUUUACAUAUUGCUGUCAAUUUUUCAUGUUUCUGAUAUUCUUAGCAGAUAUUAAAUACAGUUUGCGUUCGGACAAGCAUUUUAUUUUUUACACAGGACUUCCUUUCUUUGUCUACUAGACAAAAGUGAUUAUCUCGGUGAUUAAAGUUUCCACUAUUUGGGGACAAAGUAACCUCACGAUCGUAAGUAUGAAUUCAGAUCGCAUUAAUGUUUUGCAGGAGGAAGUUGACAAAUACCUUGUGUAUAGACGCUGUAGAACUUUCUGAUGUGACACGCCUCAAGGCAGUCCGAAUGUUUGAAAUGUAUCUCCUGAAACCUUUAUUCAUUCAUUGAUGUAGUUUCAGGUUCAACCAAGAAAAAAAAUAUUAAGAUGUUGCGCGUAUGAGGAUCUUGAGUACUCGUAAUAUGUUUAUGAGUACAUGCGGUGUGGUUGAAGAGGCCGUGAUCUUGUGAGGUUGGCUAUGCAACAUCUUUGUAAAAUUAAACAGCCGUGAUUUUUGUUUUACGUCCGUUACAGACUGGUCAGCUUUCCAUGCUGAUGUACACAACGAUCAUUUCCAAGCGCCCAUCACAAAUACAGACAUCAUUGAUACAGUAAUACUGAGAUUUUAUUAAAGAUAUGAAACCUAUCCCUUUGGAAUAUCUCGAAUACAGUUCAUAAGGUAUAUGCUAAUGUAAUUGUGUUUAAAAUAAACUUUUGUGGCUGAAGCUGGAUUUUCGUAACGAAAUUCUGCGAAUCGUUUGCACAUGAACAUGGAUUUUGGUUACAUAAAUAUCCAGCUUACUUGAGAUGAGAGUAACCUGCAUAUGUCAAGGCAGAGAUCAAAGCUUGAGUAGAUGACUAAACUACUUUUGAAGUCGUCAGGCAUCAUGUUUGUUUGUUUACCAGAAAUAGCAACAUGGUUAAUAGACAGUUUUAUGUACCAUGCACGUUUAAGACGAACAAGAAUAGUCAAGACUAAAAUAAAAAAGAAGGAGUACAAAAAAAA